UCCAUUGACGCUGUUGAGGCUGAGCCGCCGCUGCUGGUGACCGCCUAGUGUUCCUGUUAAUAUGGCUGCCGGUCAAGUCUCCGCAUCUGCUACCAACGCUCCCACCACCACCAACAACGAUGGCAUCCUUAUUGGCGACAAGGUUUACUCGGAGGUUUCCCUCACCAUCGACAACUCGCUCAUCCCGGAGGAGCGGCUCUCCCCGACGCCGUCGAUGCUCGACGGCCUCGACCUGAACACGGAGACCGACCUUCGCAUCCUCGGCUGUGAAUUGAUCCAGUCGGCGGGUAUUCUUCUCCGGUUGCCUCAGGUGGCGAUGGCGACGGGUCAGGUGCUUUUCCACCGCUUUUUCUACUCCAAAUCGUUCGUCAAGCACAGCUUUGAGAUUGUUGCUAUGGCCUGCAUCAACUUGGCAUCCAAGAUUGAAGAAGCACCGCGACGAAUACGAGACGUCAUCAACGUUUUUCAUCACCUGAGACAGAUCAGAGUUAAAAAGACUCCAAGUUCAUUGAUACUUGAUCAGAACUACAUAAAUACCAAAAACCAAGUCAUCAAAGCGGAACGGCGCAUCCUGAAGGAGCUGGGCUUCUGUGUUCAUGUGAAGCAUCCACACAAGAUCAUCGUCAUGUACCUUCAAGUCCUGGACUGUGAAAAGAACCAGACUCUGGUCCAGACGGCCUGGAACUACAUGAACGAUACCCUGAGGACAAACGUCUUUGUGCGUUUCCAAGCGGAGACAAUUGCCUGUGCCUGCAUAUACCUGGCUGCCCGCGCUCUACAGAUUCCUUUGCCAUCCAGACCUCAUUGGUACCUGCUGUUCGGAGCCACUGAAGAGGAGAUUAAAGAGAUCUGCAUCACCACCCUCAAACUCUACACAAGGAAGAAGCCUAAUUAUGAGCAGCUGGAGAAGGAGGUGGAGCGGAGGAAGGUGUUUCUGGCGGAGGCGAAAUUGAAGGCGAAAGGCCUGAACCCCGACGGGACCCCUGCUCUUUCCACCCUGGGGGGCUUCUCUCCUGCUUCGAAGCCCUGCUCUCCAAACGUGGUCAAAGUGGAGGAGAAGUCUCCAAACCCCCAGACCCUCAAGCCGGUGAAGAAGGAGCCGGAUAACCGCGCCCAGAUGAACAAAAGUCCUCAUAACGGGUUACGGAAGGAGGUGAAGAUUGGGAGGACCAGCAGAAGCGGGAGUCGUUCCCGCUCAAGAACACGUUCCCGAUCGAGGUCGCGUUCUCCCCGCAGACACUACAACAGCAGACGCAGUCGCUCAGGGACCUACAGCUCUCGCUCACGUUCUCGCUCCCACAGUCGCAGUCUGUCGCCUCGACGGCACCCGCCCUCCCCCCUCCUCCCCCACCUCAAGUCCAAAUCCAGCCACCACGGCAACAGCGACUCCAAGCUGAGCGGUCGCCACAGCAACAGCGGAGGCGGCGGCGGUGGCGGCGGCGGGUCGGGGCACAAGAGGAAGCGUUCGCGCUCUCGCUCGCGGUCCCGCACGCCGGUCAAGGUAGACCGCGAGCGCGACAGGGAGAGGGAGCGAGAGCGGGACCGGGACCGCGGCUCCUUCGAACUCUCGUCAAAGAAACACAAGCACGAGCGCGGCGGCGGCGGCCACCGGGGAGACCGCAGGGAGAGGGAGAGGUCCCGCUCCUACGACCGGGAGCGCGAGAGGGAGCGCAGCCACAAGAGCAAACACCACGGCAGCAGCGGACACUCAGGACACGGACGCCACCGGCGCUGAGGCGCACAUACAUAUAUACACACACACACACACACACGGCAGAGCAGAGCAGCCGUGGGGCUGACCGUCACUGAAACGUCUCCAGUAUAUGCAAAACUAUCAAGAUGGAUCUUCUCUGAACGCUGCGUUGAAAACAGGCUGCGAGCACGAGCCGCUCUGUUCUGUCAGAGCCAGCUGGGAUCGCACCUCCCCAAACCAAGCGAAGUACAACUUCUGUGAAAGUAAACCAAAUGUUCAGCGUCGCGUCAGAUUGUUUUGUUGAUUCCGCUCGUCUGAUGCAUCUGACAGGCGUUUGCUUGGUUUCUGGGAUUUUUUUCCAGCCUCGUGCAGCUUGUAGCUCUGUGCCUGGGUUUCUCACGUGCAUCCUAAAACCGGGCUUUCAAAUCAGCAAUGUUGUCUUCGCAGUUAACUUAAAACUGCCGAAAUCUUUCGCCGAGCUCCCACACGCACAGUGCGAGUUGCGCAGACUGAUCAUCCUCUAUGCAUCUGAGUAACCCAGACCGCCAAAGAACGAGCCCGUUUCCACCCGGUCAGACACAAUCAGUCCCGAGCAGAGACGUCAGCCCCGAGCGGCGCCCUCCUGUCCCAAAAUGUUCCACCAACACUUUCUACAUCCACCUACCAUCUAGCCUACCCUUGUGUUCUUGGUUUUACAUGUAAAGUUCUGGACUCUGGGGGAAAAGAAACUUAUUUACAGUGUAAAGAUGGCCUGCUAUCCGCUGAGACGUUGUGAAUGCUUUGAUUUAUAAAAGCUAAAGUGCUCAGUGGAAGGAUUGAAUGAGUAAAUGUAAAAUAAAAGUUGUUCAGGAAAGAUGUGUAUGUUUGCACAUUAUUACAGCAAGUGUUUUUUUUGUUUUGUUUUUUUUUUUUUUUUGACAUAUGUAUGUACAAAUGCUAAAGCUGUGUUUUGUACAGUUUUGGAGAGGAGCAGACCGCUUAAGGCUUUUUUUUUUUUUUUUCAGGGAGAUGCAGACGAUUCAAAAAACAUUUUAGGGUUAAUUUGUUACACUGGUUUUUAGUCUGCACGUGUUCAUGUCAAAUUUUUAUUCAGUAAUAAAAGAGUUACACCACUGAACUC